GAUUGAAUCCUCAAAUCGGCCUACGUUUAGUUGCUUCCAGUACAGCUAUUAAAGUGGGGCACCCGGUGGUUAGCGCCAUUACAUAAGCUUCUUAUCGGACUUAUCUCCAACCGUUUCGCCGUCGCGUAUUCGCCAUUUCAAUUCAUUUUCACUUCACGGCAUUCCAAUGCAGGAACUGCUGCUCUCCGCCCUCUGAUUCUUCGGCACUUGAUUUGCGCUACCUAGGGAAUCUCGUGGCUCGACGUCGGCACCCCCCCGACAAACUUGCUCAGCGGUAAUCCACAGCCCCCCACCGAGAGCGCUCUGAGCCGCCCUGCGCGACCACUACAGCUUCUACCAUUUACGCCCGGCAUACAGGUUUGGAAAGCGGCUGCCUAGGGCGAGCCACGUGUAGCAAGAGCAAGCAAGUUGCGCAAAAUGGACCAUCAUGUCGACUCUCGCCGACGAGCUCCUCAACGACUUCGAGGACUCCGGCUCCGAACAGGGCGAUCCCCAGGAUGACCUUGGCUUGGAUGGCGAGGACUCGUCUGUCCGCCAGGCAAAUGGCCACAGCAAGGAUGACGACGAUGACAUGGUACUCGACGGUGAUGAGGAACCCCCCGAGGAGGAAGAUCAAGAGAUGAGUGGCCUCAACGCCGCCGCCAUACAUCCCAUGGAUGAUCCAGACGAAGCAAAGGCCAAAGUCGAGCAGAUGCAGCUCGGCAGCGUCAAGGAUGUUCGCAAAGUCACCAAGGUCAUGGACAGGCUGGAGCCACUGUUGAAGGUAAGCCAUCCAGCGCAGCCAUCGACGCCCCCUUCCCGCGCACGUGGCACAGCUAACCGACUGGCCUCGGCCCUGCAGGACAUCCAACGAUACCAAUCACAACCUCUCAAUCUGUCGACCAUCAACAUUGGUAACAUUGAGGAUAACCCCGAGUACAAGAUCCUUACCGAGUCCAACACGCUAUCCACCGAGAUCGAUGGCGAGAUCAUGAAGGUACACAAGUUCAUUCGAGAUCAUUACUCUGCCCGCUUCCCUGAGCUCGAAACGCUCAUUCAGAACCCCAUCCAAUAUGCCAAAGUUGUUGCCAUUCUCGGCAAUGGACCUAUGGACUCUAGCAGUAUCAAAGCAUUGCAGGAUAGCACAGAUAACGUCAUCGGCGAGCCGCUCAAGCAUGUGCUCGAGAAGGCCUCGCUCAUGACCGUAACAUUGGAGGCUACAAGAUCUCAGGGACAAAACCUCGGUCGUGACGAGUUGGAUCGCAUUUUCAGGGCUUGUCAAAUGAUUGUGUCUAUGGACAAGGCAAAGAAAACCCUCACGGAAUAUGUCCAAUCUCGGAUGAAUGUCUUCGCCCCUAAUUUGACGGCCAUCAUCGGCUCUCUAGCUGCAGCACAGCUCAUCAACACAGCUGGAGGCUUGACUCCAUUGUCGAGAACACCUUCAUGCAAUUUGGCGGCGUGGGGAAGCAAGAGGCAAGCCAACUCUGCCUUCGCAACAAAUGUCCAGAAUAGGCAGCAGGGCUUCUUGUAUCAUUCACCCAUCAUUCGGGGCAUCCCGACAGAUUUGAAGAAGAAGGCUAUGAAGGCGGUAGCUGCCAAGGUCGUCCUGGCCGCCCGCGCAGAUACUAGCCAUACCAAUCCCGACGGUGCUUAUGGUGAAGAGCUACGAGGUCAAUGCUUAGAACGACUGGACAAGAUGACAGCCCCUCCGCCCAACAAAGGUCAACGAGCACUUCCUGCGCCGGAUGACAAGCCGUCGCGUAAGCGUGGUGGCAGACUGGCCCGUAAUGCCAAGGCAGCCGUUGCCAUGACCGAACUAAGGAAGGCCCAGAACCGUAUGGUCUUUGGCAAGGAGGAGAAGGAGACUGACUACGGCAUUGGUGAUGGUACUGUGGGUAUGGGCAUGAUAGGCCAUGCUCAGGAGGGCAGGAUUCGCGCUACUCAAAUCGAUAACAAGACGCGUGCAAAGCUGAGCCAGAAGAACAAGGGAUGGGGAGCAAUAGACCCUAUCGGCGCCGCAGGAACUGCCUCCUCCUUAGCAUUCACCCCUGCUCAGGGUAUCGAGCUUGUCGACCCCAAGGUUCAAGCUGAACUCAAGCGCAAGCGGGCAGCAGAGGACGACCGUUACUUCAAGAGUGGUGCCUUCACCCAGGUCGGUGGAACCAAUAGCCAGCCUCCCAGCAAGAAAGUUGAUGUGGGAGCUGGCAGAAUGUUACCUCCGCCAUUGCCUGCCAAGAGAUAG